AAGAUGGCGGCGGGCUGCGAGUCACUGGCUGAUGUGUUUACUCGGCGGAGAGCUGCGCGGAAAAGUAGCGAGCGGUGCGAACGCGUCUCGGGAGUGCGAGCUAGCGGGAGCACGUCACCUCCACGCGACAGUCAGGGUCCAGUCUGCGGGCGAAACGCGUCCGAAACUCAGCUGUAGGUAGAGAUUGAAGCGUCCAGGGCGGCGGAAGAUGGGACUUUCUCAACUAGAACUCGCUGAAGCGGGGGAGAUAUCUACCCGCUCCGGUUAGCUUAACAUUAGCUUGUUUUUGGUUGCUGGAUCUAACUUGUUUCCCGAGUUGUUUUGGACACCCCCUCCCCGUGGUACAGGAGUGCGUUGAGUUGUGACGGGCGGUGAAGGGGGGUCCCACGUUUUCGAGCAUGGAUGGGACCCCAUCACCGGCGGGACCGAGCGUUACGCCCGCGCAGAGUCAGCCCCCGUCGGCGGCGGCCAGCGGAGUCGUCGGGGUCUUCUCCGAUGGAGCAGAUGGGAAACCUGCAGCUGCCGGUGUUGAAACUCUGAAUGGAGGCACCGUGGUGGUGAAGUGUCACGUCCCCGCCAGCAGCCCUCAGGCAGCUGUCACGCGUGUAAACAACGGACCUGUGUCUGCGGCAUCCGGUGCCAUUAUCCGGAAUACUUCUUCCCCCGUGACCUCCCCUGUAAUCCCCCCUCAGCCCAUCGUGAAAACUGCCCCCACGGUCACGCUUGUGAGGCCGCCUAUGCAAAUUCCCAGUAACGCCGCGCAGAGCGGAGGGAACCCCGCUCCAGCUGCGACGGCACCGGCCGGAUGUGUUGUCAACAAGUGGGACUCCACAAAGAUCGUGAUGCAGACUUCUGCUGCCACGACGGGCUCGAUCGUGAGGAGCCCGACUGUUCUGCAGAACCCGAGGAACUCGGUGCAGAUGGCGGCCGCUCCUAAUCCCGGGGUAGUACGAGCCAUUGCUCCGCAGGUGUUGGCCCCUCGACUCACUCAGCCCCAGGCAAAUGCCCCAAACAUCCAAAACAUCCAGCUCCCUCCAGGCAUGGUCCUGGUUCGGAGUGAGAGUGGACAACUGCUGAUGAUUCACCAGCAGACCUUGGCUCAGAUGCAGGCUCAGUCGCAGUCCCAAAGCGCCAUGACGCCACGACCUGCGGCCCCCACAAGCACUCCACCUGUCCAGCUCACUUCUCUACAGGCUCCAGGCGCGGCGUCGCUGCUGACUCGUUCCGUGGCCCCCACCACUAUCAUUAAACAAGGUGCCACAGCCCAGACCACUGUGACGCCCACCACCAAACUGCAGAGGCCACCCGUACUGCAGAACACCAUCAUGCUGGGAGGAACGGCCGCCACCCCGGGUCAGCCGCUAGGAACGUCCACCACUGUACAGCCUGGAUCUGCCGCAACAACUGUGACACAGAGGGCCGGGCCCCUCAGGGCCCCUGGGGCCUCCACUCCAAUAGCUAUCACAGCUGAGACACUUGAGAAUGUGAAGAAGUGUAGGAACUUUUUGUCCACGCUGAUCAAGCUGGCAUCCAGUGGAAAACAGUCCUCUGAGACCACAGCCAGUGUCAAGGAGCUGGUCAAACAACUGCUGGAAGCAAAGAUAGAGCCUGAAGAUUUCACCAGUAGAUUAUACAAAGAGCUGAACUCGUCGCCCCAGCCGUACCUUGUGCCUUUCCUGAAGAGAAGUCUCCCUGCACUGCGCCAGUUGACCCCAGACUCAGAGGCCUUCAUUCGGCAGAGCCUGCUGCCGCAGCCCAGCACUCAGCCCGCUGCCACAUCCUCCAAGGCCCUCACCGCUGUGGUGAUGCGACCUCCACUCUCCACCGCCACCACUGUAGCCACCAGCUCCACCGCGCCCAAAAACACAGUCGUGAGCCUCACUCAGACGCCUCAGAAAACAGGACUGCAACAGGGGACUAUAGUGAGGCCACAGGUGACGGGGGCUCAGUCUCCAAUGGUGACACUCCGAGGUCAGCCUCACAGCCGCAUCAUCGUGGGCCAGCCGCAGGUCGUCAAACAGCUGCAGACAGUUCCAGCUGUGAGGCCCAUGUUUGCUCCGGGGGCCAAAGGAGUGCAGGUGGUCAGUCAGAGCCUUCUCACUGCCGCUCAGAGGAACAAGCUGAUGGAAGCAGGAGCAGGAGCCUUCAGGGACGAUGAUGAUAUCAACGACGUGGCGUCCAUGGCAGGAGUCAACCUGUCGGAGGAGAGUGCCCGUAUCUUAGCAACCAACUCUGACCUUGUGGGUGCGGUGACUCGCUCCUGCAAGGACGAGGCCUUUCUCUCCACCGCCCCGCUCACCCGGAGAGCUCUCGAGAUCGCUAAGAAGUUUGGUGUCAGUGAGUUGGGCUCAGAUGUGAUCAACUUCAUCUCCCACGCUACGCAGCAGCGCCUGCAGAGCCUGCUGGAGAAGGUGUCCCUCGUGGCGCAGCAGAAGAACGUAACAUUCAAGGAGGAUGAGCGGCACGUGCAAGUCAGCGACGUGCGAACCCAGCUCCGGUACUUCGAGCAGCUGGAUCAGCUGGAGAAGCAGAGGAAGGAGGAGCAGGAGAGAGAGAUCCUCUUGAAGGCUGCCAAGUCUCGGUCACGACAAGAGGACCCCGAGCAGCUGAGACUUAAACAAAAGGCCAAAGAGAUGCAGCAGCAGGAGCUGGCUCAGAUCCGGCAGAGAGAAGCCAACCUCACGGCGCUGGCAGCCAUCGGCCCAAGGAAAAAACAAAAGAUGUACUCUCCUGUUCGAGGUGCCAGUGCAGAGGGCUCCGGGUCAGGGGCCUGCCAGCCCGCGGGCUCCGGUGGAGGCGGCUCCAGACAGUUUAUGCGACAGCGCAUCACCAGAGUCAACCUCAGGGACCUGCUCUUCUGCCUGGAGAAUGAAAGAGGGACCAGUCACUCACACCUACUCUAUAAAGGCUUCCUCAAAUAGCACCCGCAUUAGAGUGACGAGUCGAACUCCGUGGCAUUAAGGAAGCAGAGUUGACUGUCAGCUCAGACCCUCUCUGCUGGUACUUUGAUCACCCUCCGCAGAAUGUGGAGACGCGUGUGUCUGUGGGAAGUGAAUUAUCUGGAACGCCGAGGAGACGUCAACUUUCAAAAGCCUCUUCAGCUCUCAGCCCUUUUGUGUUUUCAGCACAGCGAUGGAGCAAAUAUUGAAACUUGGCCCUGAUUUCAGCGGGAGCCUCUCAGCUCGCUUUGCUCUUCAGAGACCAGUUGCACUCAGCCGCUCUUCCCUCAUGCACUGCCUCAUGCUGCACAGGAGGAGAAAAAGAAAAAAGUAUUUUACCGAACUGAGCUCUUCAGAUUUGAAAGCCUUGUCAGUGUCACUGCACUGACGUCUGGGUAGAAAUGAAUAAGUGGUUCCAUUUGAGAUUAACGUGCAACAUUCAGCUGCAGCACGAUAUCACUAAGCUGCAGUAAUUCAAACUUUCUCGACCACGACGACAUAAACACUCUGUUUAUUUACAUUUUUUUUAACAGAGGUUUUAAUUUAUCGCACGUUUAUACCUUGUGUUUAGUUUUUUUCAGUUUUAUUGCCUGUGGAUUGUUUCACACAGACUUUUUUUAACCCCUCAUGUCUUUUGCUGAGUUGCCUUGUUCAAAUGAAGCCAUAUGAAUUAGACUGUCGUUCAGAUCAUGUAUCUUCAUCUCUCCAUCAGCUCGUUCCAGAUUUGUCGGAUGCAUUCUUUAUUUUGUUGUUUUCUUUUUCUUUUGUGUGUGUCUUUGCUUGAUUGAAAACCGAAAUAAUAAUGUAUAUCAUGCGUCGUGCAGCAGUUUAAUCACACACGGUUACACAUGGUGUAAUCACAAGGUGUUGAUAUCUGUUGGUAUUUGAAUUGCGGUGUUUUCACUGUGGGAGAUCGUGAUUGUUUUUUUUAUUAUUAUUAUUUAGAUUCCAGCACAGUUACAACAAUGUUUACUUAUCAUCCCUGCUGAUCAUUUCCGAAGCCACCAUACUGAGUUUUCAGUUUUCCCCCCUACAGCCUUUUUCCAUUCAUUUCUUAAGUGAUUGCAGACAAUUAAACUUUCUGUUUUUAAUAUCCUGGUGCCAUUUAUUUAUAGAAGAUCCAAGAAUAAUGAACGGUGCACUUUAUGAAAAUAAUACUGAGGAUUUGGGUGUGUAUGCUUAUUCGAAAACUAAUAAUCAGAACUGUAAACCAAUAUUCCUGCCUUUUUUAUAAAUGUCACACAAAGAAAUUAAAAUCAAAAUGUUACAAUGUUAAGGUAACUUUUGGCUAAAGUGUAUCGGGGCAGGAUAUUAACUCAAUUCAGUUCUUUUCUGUUUGUACCAUUGGAAAUAUAUUAGACUUUGGUUAAUGUUACCUAAUAAAAUCAUGUAUGGUGGAAUCUGAAAGUGAUUUCAAGUUUCCACACUGUGUAGCUCGUGAUAUAAUAUGAAAUUUAAGAAAUGGAGUAUAGAUAAAUCCCAGUAACAUACUUUUGAUUGCAAUCCCUUUUAAGUGAAUCCCACAUUUUUCAGUGAAGCUGGAGCAUCUUCAUUUUCAUAUUUGAUUGGAUGACGGAGGUCACGUCGGGUGAAACAGGAGAACUGCACUUUGACACAUCAGUUUUCUAAGGACAUAAACUCAAUAACUUUCUAUAUUUCUAGCGCACAUAAUUCUAAUAAUAAUUUUGGGACUUUAUACCUUUUGUUGUUUAACAACAGUGUUUAUGGGCAGAUUUUAUUAGUGUAUAUACUUCAGUUUGCUAUUUGUAGAUUUAUCAGUUGCUAACUUUACAAUGAGAGGAUUUGGAGAGUUUUAAUACACGUUCAUUUGUCGAAUCAGACGAAUAAAUGAUGCUCUGUUGCCAAUAUCAUGUAAAUUUUGCACAGCCACUUGUUUAUAUGUAAAUAUCUGAUUUGCAAUUUUUUAAUGGAUUGAGAGAUAAUGAUCUCUAUUAAAAAAGAAAUAUCUUUA